AUGACCUCCGACCCAGAAACAAAUCUGAAGGAAAAAGAGAGUAGGGUUUUGGUUGGAGAUCGGGAAUGUGGGGUUCUGUUGUCAGCCGAAAGCGGUAGGAGAUUGAAGGAAAGUGGUUCUGCGCCUGCGAAAGACGAUUCACUGAACGAUGGCGACUUGGGAGAAUCGUCUUUCACCUCGGACGUUUUGGAAGCACCAAUCCCUCCGAAGUUCAAAGCUCCUACCGUGAAGCCUUAUGAUGGGUCGAAGGACCCCAAGGACUAUGUUGAGGUCUUUGAAGGCCUCAUGGACUUCCACGCGGCAUCAGACGCAAUCAAAUGCCGCGCCUUUCAGAUCGCGCUUACUGGCAGCGCGCGAUUGUGGUAUCGGAGACUGCCAGCCAGGUCGAUCUCGACCUACUCUCAGCUGAGAAGGGAGUUCCUCGCCCAGUUCUCUUCUCGGCAAUAUGGCAAAAAGACAGAGACUCAUCUCGCCACCAUCAGGCAGAAGGAGGGUGGGACACUGCGGGAAUAUGUCACCAGAUUCCAGGAGGAGCAGUUGAAGGUUGCACACUGCUCCGAUGACUCGGCCAUGUGCUAUUUCCUCACCGGUCUAGCCGACGAAGCCCUCACGGUGAAACUUGGGGAGAAGGCCCCGACUACCUUCGCCGAGGUGCUUCAGAAGGCGAAGAAAGUCAUCGAUGGACAGGAGCUCCUCCGAACCAAAACCGGCCGACCGGAUCGAAAGAUCGGCCGGGGUAGAAGUGGAAAAGAUGUAGAAAGGGCAGAUCCCAAGUCCAAGGACAAGGGAUCCUUUUCCAGCGGCCGAGCUGAGUAUCGAAGGGCGGAGAGCGGACCUACCAAGAGCCGACCUUACGAACGCUUCACCCCGACCACGAUUCCAAUUUCCGAGAUCCUAACGAACAUCGAGGAGUCUGGAAUGGAAAAACUACUCAAGCGUCCUGAGAAACUUCGGGGAGCCCCGGAGAGGCGCAGCAAGGACAAGUAUUGCCGCUUCCAUCGGGAGCACGGCCACAACACGUCGGACUGCUGGGAGUURAAGCGCCAAAUUGAGGAUCUAAUUCAAGAUGGCUACUUCAAGAAGUUUGUGGGAAAGCCCAGGACCAGCUCAGCAGAGAAAAAGGAAGAGCGAAAGCGUUCAAGGACGCCACCCCGGCGCACCGACCGACCUGCGGUCAUCAAUACCAUUUUUGGAGGGCCAAGCGGAGGUCAGUCCGGACAUAAAAGAAAGGAGUUAGCCCGUGCAGCCAGGCGCGAGGUUUGCAUCAUCAGGGAGCAGGGGCCGACCUGCCCAAUCACCUUCGACGGUGCCGACUCGGAGGAGGUCCACCUGCCCCACAAUGAUGCACGUGUGAUUGCUCCCUUGAUUGAUCAUGUGGUGGUCAGGAGAGUGCUG